AUGUCUACCGUUUCGGGGAGUGCGUCGAACGCCUCUCCGCCAGCGCAGCGCACUGCUCCCCAGCAGCACACCCGCACCUACCAAGCCUGCAUUCCGUGUCGGCGGCGCAAGGUUCGGUGCGACCUGGGGCCUGUCGACAACCCCCAUGAGCCGCCUUGCGUCCGCUGCCGGCGCGAGAGCAAAGAGUGCUUUUUCUCUGCCACCCGGAGGAAGAGGAAGCAGGAUAGCGGCGAGGAUCAGGACGACGGCGGGCUGUCCGACUACGAGAUCCGCAAUGGCAGGAAGCGGUUGAGACCCAACGAGGAGCCCCCCCCAGCCCGCCCCGAGCCUCUCCAGAUCAACAGACCCACCACCACGACCGCAUAUGUCUCCCAGCCUCUGACUCCUGGAGGCUCUGUGGGUCGCUAUGAGCCGCUGCGCCGACCUGCGCAGAGCUUCAACCCGCACAACGACGAGGAGGACCAGAAGGUGAACAACCAGACGGCGGCGAUCCUGCAGACGAAAGAGGUUUACAGCGGACACGAUGCGCUGAACCUGCUGUUCGAGGCCGCCGGGCGCAAUGGCGACAUCGACCACCACAGAACUGGCAGCUCGGGGAGUCUCCAGCGCCCGACGUUGGGACACGGUAGCACGCCCGGCUCGCAAGCAAACUUCGCCAGCCCCCAAGCGAGUGCGGUCCACGGCAAAGACGGCCGUCAGUCGCGGGUCGCUGCAGAGCCGUCAGCAGAUCCCGUCAUUGCGUCUAGCUAUCACAACCUCCCCGAUCCGCCCAACGAAGCCACAUUUGCCGACGCUGCGAAGGCGUGGUCGAGGUUCCGCUUUGUGCGGGCCGGAUGGCUCACAGCGAAGGAGGCGAUUGCGUAUAUGGACUAUUUCUACAUCUACCUCUCGCCGUUGACGCCCAUCGUGGUCCCCGAUUACCGCGACCAUGCGCUCCACAGCAAGCUCCUCAAGGAAGAGCCAAUGUUGACGGUUACGCUUUUGACCAUCUCAUCCAGGUUCGUCCGUCUCAAUGGAGCGGGCGCGGCUUCUCGAGCGUAUGCCAUCCACGAGAAGCUUUGGAAGUUUCUUCAAGGAAUGAUUGAUCGCAUGAUCUGGGGACAAGAACAGUUCGGCGGAGGCUUCUGUGGCGCAGGACAGCAGCCCGGAUCGGAUGUGAACCCGCUUUCUCGAAAAGGGCUGAGGACGCUGGGCACGGUGGAGAGUCUAAUGCUUCUUACCGAGUGGCAUCCGCGAGCGCUGCACUUUCCCCCCGGAGACGACGAUGAUGAGUUGGUAGUUCCAGAUGACGGCCCCGGAGACGGCCAUACGACAAAUGGCAGCGAUUCUGCCGACCUAUAUAAGGGAGUCGGGGGCCAACGCAUAGACAGCUGGCUCGAACCCUGCUGGCGGAGCGAUCGAAUGUGUUGGAUGCUGCUCGGAAAUGCCAUGGCUCUAGCUUUCGAGAUCGGCGUGUUCGAUGACACAAGUGAGAAAGAGUUUGAGCAGGCUAACUCACACCUCUCUCACGCUACCGUCAAGGCUUACUACCGACGGAAGAACCACCUCAAGGACCUACUGAUCAUAUAUGUCACUCAGACUAGUGGCAGGCUAGGAUUGACGUCGAUGCUUCCACAGGUCCAACGCGAACCUGACCAUUUCCCGCAUAAGACGCCGCUCAUGAGGUACCAGGAUCGCAUAGCCCACAUUCAACCACCGCCGCCUCAAAUCGGGAUGCGGCCGGAUGGACAGCGUCUCCCGUAUGAAUCAGUGGCCACUCAGAAUCGACAUGCAGUGCAAGAUUUGGUGCUUGAUUUCUGGAACUGGAUCGCCAAGGUCAUGGAAGGAGGAAACCUCAAAUUGUUCCCAAAUCGUCGUCAAACGAGGGAGCUGUUGAAGACGGGGAGGUACGAGGAGUUGCUGAGGGAGUUCCAGACUCCGUUGUUGGACUGGAAGAAGAGUUUCGAUGUGGCCCAGCAAAUUCCCACCCAACUUCGGCACGUUCUUACCAUCGAGUAUGAGUACACUCGAGUAUACUUGAACUCUCUAGCGCUACAAGCAGUCGUCGAGCGUUGUACUCACAACUCGCCAAUGCAGAACCAUGCUCAGCCGAAUGGCUCUUCAAACACCUCACGAGAUGGCGGUGCGAUUCCGUUCAGCACCUUGAGCAAGAUGUACGGAAACGACAGGCACUACAUCGACGAAGUUAUCGAUGCGAGUCGGAACGUCCUAAAGGUUGUAGUCGACGGACUGUUCCCUCACUACCUCCGUCACGCUCCCGUCCGCACGUUCUUCCGCAUCGUCUCGGUCGCCAUCAUCCUCCUCAAAACCUUCGCCCUCGGCGCCACAGAAGACGACGUCGCCUACUCCCUCGGCUUGCUCGACCGCGGAGUCGAAGCCCUGCGCCAAUCAAUCGUCGACGACGUUCAUGUCGGCAACCGUUUCGCCGAUCUCGUUGAAACCCUAACCCACCGCAUCCGCGCGCGCUUCGUGCGCAUGGCCGCCAGCGGCUCUGCAGGAAUAUCCCGUGCACCAAGUCACUCCCCCCCUCGCACCGGUGGCCAAACACCCAUGAUGCCGCCACCACCCCAAACGCACCAACACCCGCCGCACCUCGCGCCUCCCUUCAGCGCCAGCAACAAUGCCCACCAGCACCAACACCAACACCGCUACCACAGCACAACGGGCUCCGGCAGCCCACCACUGCACCUCGACUCCACGGGCCGCUCAACUCCGAAUCCCGGACGCUCGACACCAAAUCCGAGUCUCUGGGGCAUCGCAACAGAAACCUACGAUCCGAAUUCGAAUUCGAUCUCCAUCAUGCCGCCGCCCCAUUUUGGACCUCACCAGUAUAAUUUUAUGGAGCAGCUGCAACAUCACUCACAGUCGCAUAGCCAGAACCAUAGCAAUAUUGGUGGUGGAGGAGUGGAUGCGUAUAACCAGGAUUGGUUGGCGUUGCCACUGGAUCCAUUACUGAAUCAGUGGGGAGCGGAUAUUACGCAGACGGCUAUGGGUCCGGAUGUAGGCGGGAUGGAUAUGUUAGAUAUUUUGCUGAAUAUGGGGGGGCCGCCGGGGAGUGCUUGA